AUGUAUAAUACUAUAGAAGUUAUAAAUAAAAGACUAGAACUUAUUACAGAAAUAUCUUGGCAAGAUCCUAAAGAUCAUGAAAGAUUUGGUGUCUCACGCUUUUGGAUUAAGCUGAAGAAGGAAAACUCUCUAAUCCUCAACAUUACCACAGGAAAAGUGAACACAUAUGAAAUAAAUAAUCUCACUCCAGAUACUACAUAUGAAAUAUCGGUAGCUGCUGAAACUGAUUAUUUUGGUUUUGGUGAAGAGAGUAUUACUUCGUUCUUAACAUCUAAAGAAGGUGAGUGUUAAAAGAUAUGUGUUUUUCUGCAAAGCAAGACAUUGUUCCUUUGUGCACUCAAAAUUUCUACUUCAGUUAAUACAUAGAAUUUAAAUAAAAAUAUCUGUUUAUAUAUAUAUACUGUAGCUCCGAGCGGUCCUCCAUUGAACAUCAGAACCACAUCAACAAGUGCAUCGUUAUUGUCUUUCGUUUGGGAUCCUCCUGACACAACUAAACAAAAUGGCGUCGUUAUCAGUUAUACAGCGUGUGUUUCACAUUCAAAAAAUGGCUUUUGCUUUCUGACAUUCAUUAUAAGUGAAAGGAGAUGGCUUGUUGUUUAUUUGAGUCCAUUAACAAAAUAUUAUGUUCGUGUUCUUGCAAGUACGAAAGCUGGUCAUGGAAGCUACCGUGAAAGUGAAGGAUUUUUUACAUAG